AUGCACCAAGUACUGUGUGUGUGUGUGUUUGUUUUCCCCAACUGCUGUAAUUGUCUCUCUGUUCACAUGAUUUUGUUUAAUUGCAGCUUUUUUGACAAUCUCUAAGCAGACAAUAAAGCUUCCCUUCACACUACCUUGUUUCUUCUUCAAUUUUAUAAAUAUAUAUAUAUAGGAAGCUAUGGUGGAUGGGUAUAGUACUAAUUACAGAAGGCAGAGUGAUAUUAAUACCUCACUAUACAAUCCUUCGUUUUCUUCCACUUUGUUGGAUACGAUUUACAGAUCUAUUGAUCAGGGCGGAGAAGAGGAGAAAUUAGGUAUGAGGACGAAGCAGAGUAUUGCUUACGGUUCCGACGGCGGCGCCGGUGUGUUUCGGAGUGAGGAGGAAAUGGCUAAUUUCCAGCGCGCCUGUAUGAUUGAGAAAUGGAUGGAGAAGAAGGCCGGUGAGAAGGUCGCCGUACGGGGAAAUUCGGCGGCGGAUUUGGGGAUGAAGAAGCCGCGGAAGGAUCGGGAGAAUUCGACUUCUAGCUCCUCCGAUUCCAGCUGCGGCGGCGGCGAUUUUUUCUCCUCGUCGGAGGCUGAAUCGUUUCCGGUGCAGAGGCCGAAGCCGAUUCGGACGGGGUUGGAAAAGGAGAAACUCGAGAAAAACCACCGCGAUUCCGAAUCGGAGUUCCACCGCCGCGAGAGGCGGGGUUUCGCCGGCGACGUGGAGCAGAAACCUAAGCACGAAGGCGGAUUUCUCAAGACGAAAUCGCGAGCGCUGAAAAUCUACGGCGACUUGAAGAAAGUGAAGCAGCCGAUUUCUCCCGGCGGCAAGCUCGCCGGAUUUCUGAACUCUAUCUUCGCCGGCGGAAACCUGAAAAAACCUAAAACCGCCGCCAACGGCGACUACUCCCCGUCGCUAAAAUCGGCAAAUGCAUCCACAUGCUCGUCGGCUUCAUCAUUCUCCAGAUCCUGCCUCAGCAAAACGCCGUCGUCGUCCGGAGGUAGUAAACCUUCCAACGGCGCGAAACGAUCCGUACGAUUUUCUCCUGUGAGCGUGAUCGUAGACGACAAAGUAAACAACAACAACAACUACACCAAAAAACAAACUUCAAAAUUCACCGCCACCGCCGCCAACAACAACAACAACAAAAACAACAUUAACAGUCUCCGAAACGUCAUCAACGAAGAGCUCAUGGUUCAUGUAAUGGACAAAAACCGGCGAGUGGAGGAUGCCGCCAGAGAUCUGCUACGGAAUUACCAUCGGAAAAACCAAGUCGGAUGUGAAUUCGAUUCGUCAUUCGAUCAUUUAAGAAAACCGCAAGUAAUUAAAAAUAAUCAAAUCAUUAAUCAAAAUAAUUUCGACGAGGAAGACGAUGACGCGGCAAGCUGUGCGAGUUCGGAUUUGUUCGAAUUGGAUAAUCUUUCAGCCAUUGGAAUGGAGAGGUAUAGACAAGAAUUACCAGUUUAUGAGACUACUCAUUUGUAAUUUCUCAACCAAAAAAAAAUAUUGUAAUUUUUGUAUUUUGAUUAGUGAGUAAUUAAUUGGUUUGGGGUGGUUAGUGUUUUCCAGUGUUUGUGUAUUAAACUUUUAAUUGUGUGGUUAAUUAUUGGUAAAACUUGUG